AUGCCUACUUUCUCGAGCCUCGAAUCGCCAAACAGCAAAAGGUCAAAUGAGAAAGCAUCCGAAAUGAAAUCCAGACCAGAGUGUUUUGGCGACGAUCGCAACGAUUGUCGGAUUGAUCUGACUAGGUCUGGAUAUGUGCCUGACAACCUGGCAGUAUGUCCGCACAGUUCGUACGGCGAUACAUUUUACGGACAUUCCACUGCGCAAUGCUACGUUAUCCAGGCGAAGAUCGGAGAACUCGUUAGCGUGUACACUUAUUUUCGAGAGUCAAAUUCGACCCUCCGAACACAGGGUGGCGAUGAUGCCCGGAAUACCGUGAAUCCGAGUACCAGUGGAUCGUAUCAAUUAAGGCACGAUCGACAAUCCUUCUCUAGGUCAUUGACACCCGGGUCCACUUCGAGGGAUUGUGCGCCUUUUACCGAAUCGAGUCUUGUCUCUCGGACAUUUUCUCGUGUGCAUUUCCGAUCAAAUUACGGCCGUGGUCUUUUGAAUUGGUAUAAUUGCGAGCGCAUCCGAGUUGCGAUGAACCAUAGCGGCUCCUGAGAGAUUUUUUUUCAAAAGCGCUAUCUGGAUUAUGGCAAUUACCCGCGCUGCUGAAUUGACUGAAUACUUGGGCGCUGAUAUUCUAUUCAUCGAGCAGGGAAACCAUCCAAUCCCAAGGGUUGCCAAGUCUGAUCAAGGGAGAAGUGCCGAAAUCACUCUGACGCUUUUAGGUUUUCAUUAUGUUAAUUAUCGGGUCGUCAUCUAAGCUCCUCGUCCAUUAAUAGAGCCAGACAUGCUCGAAGACAAUUGGUCAUCCAGCAGCCAGCC